AUGAAAUUAAUCUUUAAAUGGGUAAAUGCUAACUGUCUCGAUAAUAUCAGCAACGACAGUAACCAAAACCGUCCUGAUGGUAUCGUGAAAAAUGACAAGAAAGCAGUGGAAUGUUUUGAAGUGAAGCCAAUUACAUAUGCUAAAAAUCAUAGAAAGAUUAAUAUCGAUUUGCACCGCUUGUGUAUGUUCUCAAAAACAGGUUCAGCAGAAUACAAGGCAAGGCAUAUGCUUCAAGUUAUGGCUGUGAGUACUAAUAUCCAAUUUCAUUUAAGCCAGGUAAGAAGUGAUGUCUUAGUAGUGGUAGAAUUGGAUAGCACUCGACUUCCUUUAUCUCUUAAUGAAUUGCCGCAAAUAAUGCCCUAACUUGACUGCCUCUAC